ACGUCAUAGCGCGGCGACGGAAGGAGCGGAACUUGACGUCAUGACGCGUGCGCCCAGGGCGCUGCUGCUCGCGGGAGCCCCGCGCCGGUACCGGGUCUCCGGGCCCGAUCCUGACCGCUUCCGGUUGUUCCAGCGGCUCCGCCAGGAUGGGAACGACGGGACCGGGAGCACCGGAAACGGGACCGGGAGCACCGGAAAUGGAACCGGGAGCACCGGAAACGGGACCGGGAGCACCGGAAACGGGACCGGGAGCACCGGAAAUGGAACCGGGAGCACCGGAAGCGGGACCGGGAGCACCGGAAGCCCCGCCCCCGGCGCCCCCAUCCGCAUCGCGCUGCCCGGGGGCCGCCUCCUGCCCGGCCGGGCCCUGCAGACCACGCCCUACAUGGUGGCGGCGGAGCUGGGGGCGGCGGAGGCGGCGCUCGUGGCCCGCGUGAACGGGGCCCUGCAGGACCUGGAGCAGCCGCUGGAGGGCGACAGCGACCUGGAGCUGCUGGACUUCAACUCGGCAGAGGGGCGAGAGGCCUUCUGGCGCUCGGGAGCCUUCGUGCUGGGGGCCGUGCUGGAGCAGUUCUAUGGGGCCACAUUCUGCCGCGCCAGCGCCACCGAGGACGGCUUCCACUGCGACGUGCACAUGGGCGACCGGACGGUGCCGCGUGGGGACCUGCAGGCGCUGGAAGGGGCUUGCGCCGCCUUCGCCCGCGCCGGGCACCGCUUCGAGCGCUUGGAGGCACCGAGGGAACGGCUCCGGGAGCUGCUGGAGCACAACCGGUUCCAGCUGCAGCAGCUCGAGGCGGUGCCGGCCCCAUUGGCCACUCUCUACAGGUGCGGGCCCCAGCUCCAGCUCUGCCGCGGGCCCCUCCUGCGGCACACGGGGCUCAUCGGGGCCCUGCGCAUCCUCUCGGUACGGUCGGUGUGGG